CUUGAAACAAACGCCAUUGCAGCCUGAAUUCAUUUCUGUUAUCCAACGCAACAACGUCUUGAUCUUAGACUCUGCAGUCCAAGUCUUUUCCGCGACAGACUAUCAUCUUCACUGCAGUCAAGAUGGAUGUUCUUCUGGCAAAAGUCACCCAGCAGGCUAUGAACUAUGCCAUACGCUCGGGUAUAGCAAUCACAAGCACAUAUGCCAUACGACAAUGCACAAGACUGGUCAAAACCGCCCCUCGCGGUGGCAAGCGGGAAGAGCUACUAAAUCUGCAAGUCCGCCUGGAAAGCAAGAUCAGAAUCAUCUCACCAGCCAUCGAUAUGAUAGAGUUGAUCGCGGCUCGUGGAAACACUUCACUGGAGUCUGCUGUUGUUCUCACAAAGGAUCUACGCUGGGAGAUACAAGCUCUCGGUAUUCGUCUAGCAAAUGCUGCAAAUGAGGAAGAGUUGUACCGGCGCAAAAGUUCACGGGCAAAGUCAAAGGAGCAGAACGAGCUUGAGUUGCAACUGAUAGUCUCGGACGUCAAGAAAUUGCUCGCUCGGAUUGAAGAUGCGGUACCACUUAUCAAUCUCGCCAUCACAACUUCCGGCGUCAACUUGUCUACAAAUCUGCCGGCUACCGUCUCCCCAUCACGACUUCUGCAGGCCAGCACAUUCCUCACAGCGGCAGAUUCUCAGUGUACGGCGGCGCCUGGUCAAAACGUUCAAGUGGGACCGGUUUAUGUUCUAUCCGUCUACAUGCUCUUCGCCAGUCACACCAAUAGGCCGCACGAUGAGGAGAGCGCUCGCGAAGCUACCUGGAAGGAAGUGAUCCACAAAGCCAGAGUCAAGCUUGUGCGCGUACCACUGGACAGUCUGUACAACCUACCAGGAAGCUUGACGACUCCAAGCGGCGCACGUUAUUUUCCGAAGGAGCUGCCUUCAGAUGGUGCAUCGGUUGAGUAUGCCUAUCAGCUGGUCGUGAUCGAGGAUCUGGACGACGAUCGAGUACACACUUUCGAAGAAGACGAAUCUCAACCCGGUCCAUUUGAGGAAGUCGCGCUCGCAGGUAUCAGGGAUGUCAUUCCCAUUCACGAAAUCUCCAAGAUUUUCUAUGCCGAUACUGGCAAGAUUCUGAAUAUUGGCUCCGAAGGCGAGGCAAAUAAUCCGAUUCUUUUGCUCAAACGCGACAUUCAUGCAGAGCCACCAAGACGUAUGAUGGAAAGAAAAUACACAGAAGACCAGGAAUACUACGACGAUGAUGAAGACUACGAUGAACGACCUAAGACGCAGGACAGUGACGACACCGACCACGACGAACAAGCACAAAUAAAUGCCCAGAUCCACCGCGACUCAACGCCACAAGUCCAAGGCGGCAAGGAAGAGCCAACGGUACAACAAGACCCAGACGCUCACUGGCGACUACCUCCAGACUUGGACCCCGAAUGGAUAGCCUUUGAAGUCUACACCGAAGACCCACCCACCGACGAUGAGGAAGACGAAGAAGAAGAAGAAGAAGAGGACUCCACACCUCAACCAUCUUCCUCUUGUACACGCAAACCCUCCCUCGACCCCACCCUCACAAACAGCAUCUCCUCCCUAAACCUGACCUCAUCCCCCACAAACAAAUCCACCCAACUCCUCCCCCCCUCACCUCCCCAAAGUCGUAGAACCCCACAACAACAACCACCCCCCCAAAUCCGCACUUCCCUCUCCCUCCUAGAAAUGCUCAUCCGCCUGACCGCACUCCAACAAUUCCGCCAAUCCUCUCACUUGACAAUCGAAGACGAACUCCUAAACUUCUUCCUCGAAGACUCUGCCACCACAGGAGCUGGCUCCGACACCUCCUCGCGUCAACGAAUACGCAGAGAUGCGAGGAAAAGAGUGGGCUUUGAUCCGUAUGACGAAAGUCCGAUCAAAAGGAGGGGGGAGGAGUAUUUACAGCAUCCGAGGGCUGGGAAUACACCGGGGAGGGAGUUGGGCGAGUAUGAAAGGGGUUAUAGAGAGGGGAGUGAGAGGGUCGAGUUUGAGAGGGGGUUUAGGGCUGCGAGUGAGAACUUUGGAUACACUCCAGAGGGGGUGAGACCGAGUAUUGAGGGUGCGGGAUACUUUUCGGGUAGGAGUAGUGAGAGUAUGCCUUCUAGUCCUUCGCCGCAGAUUCGAGGUACACCGCUGAGGGAAAGAAAAAGUCAAAGCCCAAGACUACAGACGCCAGAGUGGAAAGACAAGGGCAGAAGAAAUGUCUUGAGAAAAGGCAACCCUAUCCCCAAAAGUCCGUUAGGCAGAGAGAGCCCUGAGUCCUAAGUUCCGCAUCGGAGAGGAGAUGAUUUAAGGAGACAUCAAGCAUCAAAUACAUCACAAAGCCGGGCAUUAGCAUAGCAUAAGCAUAGCGAAUUUUGUUGUUCCUUUUCACAUCUAACCCACUUUGCAAACGAAAACGAAUGAUUACUCUCCAAACUCCCUUCCACGCUACUAAAAAAACGCCAUGCCUCAAUCCUAUUAGCACCAGAAACCUUCCUUGCGCCUCAAAAUCCAGCGUUUGACCGAAAGUGAUCAUUCCACGUCUCAUGUCUCGCGUGCUCAUUAGCCUCGUCUGACUCCUCGGAAUCUUUACGGAGCAGGGGAGUAGGUUCGUCGAACUUGAAACCAGACUUGUCCUCCUCAGUCUCGGAUUGAUGCUCCUCGGUCUCUGAUUCGUCC